CGUUACGUCACCAAGACUUUCAAAGCUAGACUAGGCAGAACACCGAAGAGGAAACCUCAUACCAUCGUAGAACGUCUAAAAAUUUUACCUCUAUAGACGACAGAACCCUCGAGCCAUCAAUGGUGCUCACAGAACCCAUGUCCUGACACAGCCCCACCCCUCUCCUGUCCCAUCCCUUUCACCGCGGAGUGACCCCUGGCCUCAUCAACCCCCCCACACCCUCCCCCACCCCCACGACGUACCACCACGUCAAUCAUCCUCAACUAGCUCCGCCCACCACCUCCCUUCCUCAAGCUCCUCCCAGCUCACAAGAUGGCGCUACAACUGCUGGAGCUAGCCCGCCACACCACUCACGCCCUGGCCCACCACAUCAAGACGUGCGUCCGGCUGGGCGUGACGUCAUCACACACCAGCAAGGCGUGCCCGGCCGUGGGCUCAGCCAGAGGCCCCAGCAACACCUCGUCCUUUGUGGAAGGCCCUGCCGCACAGAACAGGAACUUCUCCACUACUGUCGGGAGGAACGACGCGGACAGGGGGAGCAGAAAGGAUCAAAAGCCGAGGGAGAAACGCAACAGUAAUGAUACAAAUAUAAUGCCAUCGGCGUCUAAAGCAUCGCUUCUUGCGAGACAACUGAAAAAGCCCAAAGGAAAGAAAUGGUUCCUCAAGGACAAAGUGGAAAACCAAAUGGAAGGCCAACACAGUAGCAGUUCGCGUCUCAAGACAGGUGUCAACGAGAACAAAGCCAGAGUGAUUACACCACGCCCGCCUAAAGAAUUCAGUAAACGGGCUGAUCUGGCAGGUCUGAAGGCCAAACUAGGAGAGCUGGACAGCGCCGACAUGAACGUUGGGCUCAACGCCAUCCGCUCGCGUGGCGUGGAACACCGGAACAUUCUAGGAUUUGAUGCCAAAAACAAGAUCUCGGAUAUUCAAAGUACCGCCACUGGAGCUCUGCACUCGCUCAUGAGAAGCCAGCAGUUUGCAAUGUCAUCAAACAGUAAUCCGAGCGAGCAAAUACCAAGGUUCUUCAAAACCAACCAGUUGCAAAAGAAAAAUGUCAGUAGCAGAGAAAAUAACAAUAUUAGUCAAUCGAGUUCGCAAAAUGCGCUUAAUCCUUCACAUGUAACCAACGUGGCCAAAGAAUUGGGAAAAGCUUUGAAGCGCUCUAAAACAGAAAACUCUUACAAAACGUUUCAAAAUUCCAGACGUCCCACACAAGAACAAAGCAUUCAUGAAGAUUCAAUAGUUUUCCGCAAAAAUAGGAAACCAGGAAACGAAGAAACAAAUCGGACCAAUGAUGACAUGAUUAGUAAGCUGUUUCCAAGACCAGCCACUAGCGGAAAACCUUUUGGGCCGAGUCGAGAAACGAAUGAAAUGAUGGAGAUACGUCCUUCUCACGUUGAAGAUCUGCCUGUGACACAGGCCAGCCACCCUUACGCGCCCUGGGGUUGGGACAAGAUGCCAACCAUGAACUACACAUCUGAACUAAACAAAGUCAAAGAAGUGAGAUCUACCAACACUGCACAGAAAAGCGCUGCUGGGCUUCAUAAAAUACACGGCACAAAUCCCAAGAACUUUAUUCUGACCACCGAUAAAACAAAAGAGCAGCAGCAGGAGGCAGCUGAUAGGGUCUUCCAGGACGGCAACCCAGUCCGCUCAUCAAAGGACAAGCCAGGAAAGAGUAAACUCGAUGAUCACAGAAGUAGCUUCGUGUUCAUAGACGACGGCAUUUUCGGCAGCGCGGCGCCCCGGUCCCACGUCGUUGAUCAGACACACAGCAAGCCUUCGGCCAAGAGGAGCUGGAGGACACAGCACAGUGACUACUGGACCGACGUAGUGGAGGAAAGACUGGCUCAGCUCCGACUGUCAGCUCUCAGGAAAAAAAGCCCGCGUGACUCGAGAAUAUUUGUUGGGAAGGAUGCCGUACCAAAAUACGAUGGCUUGAUUUUUACGAAGUCUGGUGGUAAAGCGAAAGGUUCUUCAAAAGUAAAAUCGGAUAAGACGAAAGAGCAUGCCAUUCGGCGUGGUAUUCUCCUACACAACCAAGGGAACAAUAAGAGAUAUGCUGAUAAACCAACACAAGUAACUGAACUAAAACCAGAAAUAAAGACGCCAGCCCCAACUACUCGUGGCCCACAGUCCACCUACGCGCCUUUGAAUAAACCUCCGAGAGACAAAGAGCCCCAGCUCCGCGUCUCCCAAGAAGAACUGAGCACUCCUCGCAGAAAGUCUACACAGUCAAAGGGACAGUCGAGCACCAGCCACAUCCCUGCGUCUAGUCUAUGCGAGCCACAAGGAGGAAACGCCAAAACGUCCAAAGAAGUAGAAGCACACGGUUCUGCCGCCGUCCCUAAAGACUGCAGUAAAGUUCCUGACGUCUCUGACACCGAUCAGUGGUCAAAGUUCCUCCUUAAGAAAAUGAAGGCGGUCAAAAAAUCGGAAUCAAAAUCAGGCCGUUCCACCAAAGAUGCGCUAAGCAGUUCUGGUAAAAGUAUUAAGGGAGUAAAAUCUGACGGGCAACUACGUGCUGAACGGAAUACAGAUUCCCGAUUAAACAGAGCUGCUAGGAAGGGUUCAAAGGUGAAAGCUGUGUCGGGAGAGGAAGAAGCGGCUGUACAGCUGGAGAACGGAUUGAAGCCAGAACAAAAGUUGACGGGUUUGCCCGUAGCUCUCGGCACAGCCAAACGUCAGGGAUCACCAGUCGACUCCUCUUCUAGCACUAACGCUAAUGUUCGGAAGUCAGACAAAUCCAAAGAGAAUGCAAAGUCAAGCGCUUUAAUGACUGAAAUAAAAGACAAAUGGUCGAAGACUUUUAUUGAAAACUUUUCUGAACUGCAGCAGGAAAGAAUGGAGCAGGCAAAGAAACAAAAACAAGAAACAGAAAAGAGCAGACGCCAAACGAAGUCGGACACACAGAUGUCCUCACAUCACCUCGCUGCCUCGUCAAAAAGUCCAAAAACUACUAACCCGAAUGUUAAAACCGCAUUGAGUCCGAGUCAACUGUAUCUCGGCGUCCCUUCAAACAACAAGCCGAUGUCUCCCCAAAAUUGCGAUACAAAGAAGAAAAGAGAAUUGGGCGUCUCGGGGACAGACAAUAAAACAAAUAAAGAGUUCCCCCACUGUGAAGCUCCCAGCUACAUGGGCACCGGAAGUCUAGGGUACUGGGAGUGGCUCAACUGUCGGGACGACAUCAUAGCGGAGGAUCUGUGGGAAAUCAAAGAUGAAAAACCUUCAACUGCAGCUGUGAGUAAAGGAAAAACAGAUCUGUCGAAACCUUCGUCUGUUACGUCUCCCCCUACGUCUACGACCCGCCCACUUGAAAAAGAAGAUCACUCGAGAGUCGACACAGACGGCAAAAAUAAGCCUUUGUUCGGAUCACGUGAUCACAAUGUGCAUCAAGGAAGAAACGCCUCACCGGUUGAUUUUAAAGAAAAAUCUGCAAAGAUCAAAUUGGAUAUAGCGCCUAUGAUCCACAAAGACAUGCAGGAGACAUUCCUGAGGUCUGCAUUCAGGAAAGAUUCCUCACCAAAGCACGGCGACCAGCUGCGAGCAACGGGUGCGUCCAAAACUAAAGUGUCUCAGCCCCUAGACGCCAACGAUAGAGGCGACUUCCGGCCGAGGCUGGAGAAUGUCGACAAGAGAUUCCUGGAAGUGAACUCCAUCCUUCAGAAGCUACAGCUCGCCACGGACCCCGAGGGGGGUGGACCACCACCGUAUUGUCGGGAAGGGGAAACGCCAAAACAUCCUCUGUUGUCGCUCGACGGGCUCAUGGCGAUGUCUCUGGUACCUGAUAACGACGUCGCGAGUGCUCACAGCCCAAAAGCUCCGUCAGAGAAGAAGUGGAGUAGAGGACUUGAAUCAAAAGAAGGUAAACAUUUUUCACAUCAAGGAGGAGAGAGCACUAAGGCUUGGCCACUUCUGAAGGGGGACGCGGCGUCCGGAGGCAACAGUGUGCUGGCUGAUAUUCGGGGAAUUAUGCAAGGAGACAGCUUACGAGACCUCCUGGCAGAAGAACGCCGUGCCGCCAUGGUUCUGGCACGCCACGACCUCAUCUCUGCCUACAGGAAGAACAUUCGGAGACACAAGCAGGCGCUGGAGCGGUACCGAGGGAAACUCCGCAAGAUGGAGCAGGAGCAGGGGCCGAUGCGCAACGGAAAACUGUACCCCAGAAGAAAUUUGGAAUUUUAAACGUCGACUCAUCGCAAGUCACAAGCUUCCAAAGGAAAUGUACAAUACGCAUAUUGACAUUUUGGUCAUAUUUUAUGCCAUUCGACUUCUGAAUCCGAGACAAUUUAUUGCUCUCGACGAAUCUACCAUUUUUUUUUUACAUUGAUAAAGACAAUCAGAGAAGAGAGAAACCACAAGUCCUAAAGAGUUGCAACUCCCAAGAUAAUCUGCUCACCGGUUCAAACAGCAAGCUUGCGAAAAACUCGAUUUUAAGGCUGUAACACUUGUAAUGAGAGUCACUUCUUAGCCCGAAGGUGAAUUUUCUACUUGUCCUGACAAGACACUGCUGAAGAGAAAUUUUUAAAUGAUAUCCUUUUCGCAAAUUUCUUUGCUUUGAUGAUACACUUACAAAAAGAAAAAACCAAGACAAAAACAACAGACAACUAAACCCAUCUAGUGACGAGAUCUACCAUGAAUGUGGGGAUUAACUUGUCCUACUUACUGAAAGGAAGUUUCCCAAUUAAACCUAUUAUCUUAUUAAGCUCAUUAGAAAGCUAGAAUCCUAACAAGAUAUUAUACCUCUUGUUUACAUGUUCUCUUUAAGAAUUGAGAGAAGUAUCUUUCAUUAAAGAAAUAAAAAUAAAAACAUGCAAGUUCAGAUGAAAAACAAAACUAUUGGAACUCCAGUUACGAGAAUAUAUUUUUCAUCUAAUUGGGUUUUGAUCCCAAACAUGAACGUGUCAAAGACAACAUCAAGGUUUCUAUACAAGUUCAAUAGCCAGUAAAGGGAGAGUAUUGUGUCCCACGGUGAUUUUUGCUGCAAUACAAGUCUUAUUUGGGUAA